UGCACCACCAACCCAACAAACUUGCACUUACAAUUUACAAAGAAACAAAACCUGUUCCAAUCUUUCCCCGUCAUGUUUGUUUCUCUUUCACUCGUCUGUUUGGUCUGAACAACUGCCUUUUUCUCUUAUUUAUUAGCUUUGCCUACUUUCAACAAAUUUGUCCAUUGUUCCCCACUUUGAAUGAUGAGUGGAAGAAACAGGUUUCCUUUUACUGCAUCUCAGUAUCAAGAGCUUGAACACCAAGCUCUAAUCUUCAAGUACAUGGUCUCAGGCAUCCCCAUACCACCUGAUCUCCUCUUCACCAUCAAGAGAAGCUGCUUGGAUUCCUCACUUCCUUCAAGGCUUUUCUCUUAUCAGCCUCAACAUAUCGGAUGGAACUGCUUCCAGAUGGGAUUGGGGAGAAAAGUGGACCCAGAGCCCGGAAGGUGUAGGAGAACCGAUGGAAAAAAAUGGAGAUGCUCGAAAGAAGCCUACGCAGAUUCGAAGUACUGCGAAAGACACAUGCAUAGAGGCAAAAACCGUUCAAGAAAGCCUGUGGAAGUUCAUAGUAGUGCUACUACAAUGGCAAACCCUUCAAGAGCAACCCAGAACAUCUCAUCAAUCACCAAGACUCAGUCUUCUUUUUCUUUGUCCCAAGUCAAUCAUCCCUUUACGUAUCCCCAUGCAUCGAUACCUCCUGGGGCUGGCCUGUCACCUCAAGAAAACACAACCCAUUCUCUCUUGGAUUCUGGCUCCAACUCCCAGACAAACACGGAUUACAGAAGAAACAGUUAUGUUUAUGGGCUAAAAGAAGAGGUGGAUGAGUAUGCUUUUUUCUCUGAGCCUUCCCGGACAGCGAGGAGCUUCUCUGGUUCUUCUGUGGACGAUUCAUGGCAACUUGCACCACUAACGAUGAGCACUUCUUCCUCGAAGCAGAGGAGCUUCUCUGGCUUACAGAGUGAACACUCUUACUUGCAGCUUCAAAGCCUCACCGAUCACAGCACAAAACAAAGCAAACAGGACGAUGAUGAACAUUGCUACAUCAAAUUCCAAAUGCCCGAUAAAUUGGACAAAGGAGAACCCCCAAAGACAGUCCAUCGUUUCUUUGAUGAAUGGCCACCGAAACAUAGAGAUUCAUGGCUCGAUUUGGACGAUAAAUCAUCAAACAACUCAACCACCAGGCUCUCCAUAUCCAUCCCUUCACAUGAUUUUCCCAUCUUCAAUUCAAGAGCUCAUAAUGAUGGCUGAAUUUCAAGUAACAGGUUUCUGCAUUAGAGGCCAAGGAUAUACUUAGUGGGGAUCACUUCUUCCUGUGAAUUCCGACUGUUUAGUUCCCUUUGUUUCUUUCUUCCCCAUCGGCUUUUUUGUUUUUUCGCAAAAUUUGGUUGAACCGGGUUGUGUUUUCUGUCGCGUUUGUUAAUGAAGGAUCCAAUGACUUCAAUUUACGUUGAUCCUA